AUGGUGGAUAUUAUUUUUCAUUAUCCUUUUCUGGGUGCUAUGGGGGAUCAUUCCAAGAAGAAGCCCGGGACGGCCAUGUGCGUGGGCUGCGGGAGUCAGAUCCACGACCAAUUUAUCCUGCGGGUGUCGCCCGACCUGGAGUGGCAUGCCGCCUGCCUCAAGUGCGCCGAGUGCAGCCAGUACCUGGACGAGACGUGCACGUGCUUCGUGAGAGACGGGAAGACCUACUGCAAGCGGGACUAUGUCAGGCUGUUCGGCAUCAAGUGCGCCAAGUGCCAGGUGGGCUUCAGCAGCAGCGAUCUGGUGAUGAGGGCGCGGGACAGCGUGUAUCACAUCGAGUGCUUCCGCUGCUCCGUGUGCAGCCGCCAGCUGCUGCCCGGCGACGAGUUCUCGCUGCGGGAGCACGAGCUGCUCUGCCGCGCCGACCACGGCCUCCUGCUGGAGCGCGCCGCGGCCGGCAGCCCGCGCAGCCCCGGCCCGCUCCCCGGCGCCCGCGGCCUGCAUCUGCCAGACCCCGCGUCGGGCCGGCAGCCCUCACUGCGCCCGCACGUGCACAAACAGACGGAGAAGACAACCCGCGUGCGGACGGUGCUCAACGAGAAGCAGCUGCACACUCUGCGGACGUGCUAUGCCGCCAACCCGCGGCCCGACGCGCUCAUGAAGGAGCAGCUGGUGGAGAUGACGGGCCUGAGCCCACGGGUCAUCCGCGUCUGGUUCCAGAACAAGCGCUGCAAAGACAAGAAGAAAUCCAUCCUCAUGAAGCAGCUGCAGCAGCAGCAACACAACGACAAGACGAGCCUCCAAGGACUGACCGGGACGCCCCUCGUGGCGGGCAGCCCCAUCCGCCACGAGAGUGCUGUUCAGGGCAGCGCAGUGGAGGUGCAGACGUACCAGCCACCGUGGAAAGCCCUCAGCGAAUUUGCCCUCCAGAGUGACUUGGACCAACCCGCCUUCCAGCAGCUGGUCUCCUUCUCUGAGUCUGGCUCACUAGGCAACUCCUCCGGCAGCGAUGUGACCUCCCUGUCCUCACAGCUCCCGGACACCCCCAACAGCAUGGUGCCGAGUCCUGUGGAGACGUGA